UAGAAAACAAGCCCAUUGGCGUUACAGUGCGAAGUUAAAUUUGUCCGGAAUAACGAACUAUCAAUUCCAAUCUAUCCUUUCACAUACUUAGGGGGCGAAGUGUUGUGUGUUUGAGGGCUUUUCCACCUCAAUUAGACGUUAAACGAAAGAUUUAGACGUUAUCUAAGAAAUGGAAGAAUAUGCAAGAGAACCAUGCCCUUGGCGAAUAGUCGACGAUUGUGGAGGUGCCUUUACAAUGGGUGUCAUAGGUGGAGCAAUAUUUCAAAGCAUCAAAGGCUUCCGCAAUGCACCAAGUGGAUGGAGGCAACGUUUUACAGGCAGUGUUGUAGCGAUUAGGCAACGAGCACCGAUCAUCGCAGGAAAUUUUGCAGUAUGGGGCGGAAUGUUUUCCACAAUUGAUUGCACAUUAGUUCAUUUUAGAGGUGGAAAAGAAGAUCCUUAUAACUCGAUCAUCAGUGGUGCGGCAACUGGUGGAAUUUUAGCUGCGAGAAACGGCUUACCAGCGAUGGUAGGCAGUGCAAUCAUUGGAGGAGUGCUUUUGGCACUGAUAGAAGGUGUAGGAAUUUGUUUCACACGUCUCUCUGCUGAACAAUUCAAACCACCAGCAUUGGUUGAAGAUCCAUCGCAAUUUGGUCCACCACCGCAAGGCUAUCCAUCAUAAUGAUCAACUAAAUUCUUUAGCUUUAUUUCAAGUUAGAGUGAAAUGUUCGAGUAAUGAUGUUCGUCAGGGCUUUAAAUCAGAGUAUCACUUGAACGUCUUCUUUUGCCAAUGUUAAAUUUAUAUGCAACAUGGAAGUCUUAGACCUAAGAUUAAAUAUUUUGUUGUUUUUUUACUUAUUGCUGUAUUCCUUUAAAUCCUCUAAUUUGAACGCCAAACAAUAUUUUGUAAGGAUAUAUCCUGUAAAUACAUAUAUAAAAUAUGAGUAAUAAAAGUAAAUGCACAG